GCCAAAACCGGCGUGUGGGGAGCGGGCUCUUCGCCCGCCAUGAGCGGGACGGUGCUGCCCGGGACCCCCAUCGCCGUGGACUUCUGGAGCCUGCGGAAGGCGGCCGGCGCCCGCCUCUUCUUCCUGUCCCACAUGCACUCGGACCACACGGUGGGGCUGUCCAGCACCUGGAGCCGCCCGCUGUACUGUUCCCCACUCACCGCCCGCCUCCUGCACCACCGCCUGCAGGUGCCCAUGUGCUGGAUCCGGUCUCUGGAGGUGGGGCAGAGCCAUGUCGUGGAUGGGGUGACGGUGACGCUGAUUGACUCCAACCACUGCCCUGGCUCGGUUAUGUUCCUCUUUGAGGGCACCUUUGGCACCAUCCUCUACACAGGAGAUUUCCGCUACACGAGCACCAUGCAGGGCGAGCUGGCGUUGAAGGGCCGCCACAUCGACCGCCUGUACCUGGACAACACCCACUGCCACCCCCAGCGGGCCCUGCCCUCGCGGGCGCUCGCCACCCGCCAGGUUGCCCGUCUCAUCCGUGCCCACCCGCAGCACCACGUGGUCAUCGGUGUGUACACCCUGGGCAAGGAGACGCUGCUGGUGGAACUGGCGCUGGAGUUCAGCACGUGGGUGGUGGUGAGCCCCUGGCGCCUGGAGCAGAUGCGGCUGCUGGAGCUGCCGGAUGUGUUCACCGCGGAGGAGGGCGCGGGCUGGAUCCGCGCCGUGGAUGUCGCCGAGAUCCGCUGGGACACACUCGUCAGCUGGAACAAGCUGCACCCCACCAUUGCCAUCAUCCCCACGGGCAGGCCCGUGAAAGUCACCCACCCCAAAAUCCACGUCAUCCCAUACUCAGAUCACUCGUCCUUCAUGGAGCUGCGCGAGUUUGUGAAGUGGCUGAAACCCUGCUCCAUCAUUCCCAUUGUGAAGGGUGACAUGUGCCAGGUUUACUUUCAGGAAUACCUGAGCUCUGCUCCCCAGGUACUUCCUGACUUUAAAGGCUCAAAGCCCGUGCAAGAGUCUGGACAGCGGCAAAGCCGAAGGAGGGGGCAGAAACCCACAAGUCUCUGGAAAAGAGUCCUGCGGGGUUCUGUGCCCCGAGGGGUCGUUUAUGAGUCCCCAGAGAAAAAUACUGAGAAACCCAAAAUGCUUACAGAUGUUAAGGUUCCUCAGCAGUACUGUGAGCCAGCUCUCUGCUCAAAAGAAGGCUGCCCUUGUCACAGGGGUGAGAAGGAAGAGCUGAGUGGGGAACAGGCGAGAACAGCAGGAGCAGCACCUGUUUCCAGUGAGCACCUUCCAACUGGAUUUGCAGAGCAGUAUUUACUCAGUCCCUUAAAUGUCCUAAAGCAGAACUCCUCUCAGACAUUCAAUCAGCUGGUAGAAGACUUUUUUCAGAAGGGAGACACGCCCUGAAAAUUGUUGUGACAUUGCUGGUGCUAGUGCAGUAGGUAGCAGUGUUUCAUUCUACUCCACGCUCAGGUUUCCCAUUAGGAGAGAGGAGCUCAGCUCUGGGGCCCUUCUUUCUUUACCUCUUUAUAGAGGACAAAGAGGAAGCUAGAACCAGUUUGUAGAUGGUACUACUUUAAAACUUAUUUAUUUUUUUUUAAUCUCUACAUCUCCUGUGUCCCCACACUGUGCUGGGCCCUUUGGCCCCACUCACUGUCUGUGCCUCGUGUCCACCUUUUGCAGUGACUUGCCUGUCCAAUGUUAGAAAAGUCACUGAGGGGUUGAUUCAGGCAGGGCUGCAGGGGGUGUGAGCUGUCUGCAGCUGUGUGAUUGAUGGCUGGAAUGUGAUGGAAGGAGCAAGGGGGGAAUCUGAGGGUCUUAAAGAUUCUCCUUUCUGUAAAUCUGUGAUACCUCACUGACUAUGAGAAGCUCAUUCCAAAGUGAGUUACAAAUGUUUGCAUUAAGGUGCUUUUAAAAAAUGCUGCUUAAAGAAAUCUAGAAAAUGAAGUGCCUUAAAGUCCAAUAAUGUUUUCUAUCUGAUAAUCUACUAACACUUCCAGCUUUUGCAUCCAGCCAGCCAACUGCAGCUGGAUGUAGUCCUGCUUUCCUGGAAGUGCCAUCUCGGUGCUAAUUGUCAGUGCUUUUUCAGGUUUGUGGUUAGGAAAAGUAGGAAUUUUUGGGGUUCUUGAGUUGUAGGCUUUGCAGAGUGGGUCACUAAAUCCUCUGCAGUCUCUACACUUAGCCUUGCACCUCUGAAUUCUGUUUGAUUGCAAAGCACUCCUGGUAACUGCCAUUGUUUUGCCUUCCCAUUCUGCCUGCUCUUGUCCUGCAGUGGCAAAUGGAAUGGGAGAUAAUGAAACAUCUGCUUGGUGGCGUGAAGUGAUCAGUCUCAGCAGCAUUGUUUGCAAAGAUUGUGACUGAACAGCAGAACUGGCUCUGUUAGUUAGAGGUUGGGCACUUUCCCACUUUGGAUCGGCUGCAGAGCCCUGGCCUGGCCCAGCUGGGAAGCGUCUGUGGUGUGACAAACGUUGGGUACCUGCUGCAGCUGACUGUGCCAAGCAGCACUGCCAGCGUUUCAAAUUGGCCCCUCAUAUGGUCAGGGCAGCUGGAGUGGAAAUGGGCACUGGACACUGUCCUGGAACAACAAACCAGUUUGUUCCUCAGCUCUCUUGAUCCUCCUUUUGUUACUCUUUCAGAAUUUUCUGAACAUAGUGUCCUACAGGGCCUUUCCAAGCAGCAGCUAGAUGAGUUGAAUUCUCUGAAUUGAGCCAGAAAAGGAAGUUUGCUCUUGGAGCAGAGCCACGCCUUGUGAAAAGCAAAGGUGCCCCUGGAUGCAGCAGUUGCAGCAGUCACAAACAGGGCUGUCCGGAACAGUGAGGGUGUCGACAGCAGAGUGGGCAUGUUUGGGAAGCUGUUUGUUUGGCAAACGUGAAUCCUGACUCCCGGCCCUGUGCUUUCCCAGGCAUGGCAAUAUUUAUCCCUGUUACAUAAGGAGUGCCUGUCCCUGGGACUGCCGUGGCUCUGCCUGCCAGCUGCCGAGGGGACCUUGGCAGUGACAGAGCAGUGUCCUGUGAGCUGCACACAGCGCAGCAAGGGCAGCUUGAGCCUCCUGCUGUGGGCCCUGUGUCCUGCUGCUUGGAGUUUUCUGCGUGGAUUAUUUCCUAAUCCAAACUCAACUGCAGAGCUCUGGCAGGUGGGUGUGAGUGGAGACACCUGCACGUUUUGUAACAUGGAAAUGAUAGUGCUGUGCUUGUAUGCUGGCUGCUGCUGCUGCCUGGGAGAUGCAGGCUGAUAUUUCAAUACUGUUGAAAUUCAAGUGACUCAUUUGACAGGCAGGGGAGUGAAGCACUGCCUGAACUCCCAAUUCCAAGUCCUGCUUUGAGCAGCCUUCCACUGCUGGGGAGGAAUGCUCACCUUCUGAGUCACUGCUCCAUUUGGGCAUGUUGCAAAUGACCUGGGAGAUCUGAUGUUUUGUGGCAUCCAGCCUUUCAUCUUUCAUUCUUAUCAACUAUUUAUUAAAGUAAAUGGAGAACCUCCCGGUCAGCCUCUGGGCAAAAAGGAGUUGUAAAUGGUAAUUCUUUAAUUCUUUAUAGAGGUAAAUCUGAGCUUUAAUCAUACACAAACAAGUGAACAUUGCAGACUUCAGAGUCUGGGGAUCUGCAUCCUAUUUCUGUGUGCUCAGUUAAAGCUGCAGAAUAAAAUGCUGGCUUCACUUUCUAGAGCUGAGAAGGUAAUUCCUGCCCCUUGAGAGGGGAAUUAUCCAUCAUGCAGAGCCAUGGAAACCUAAAAUCUCUCUGUGGGUUUAAAAGGCAAUAGAAGCAGGGGAGACUUGACCAACAAGGGGUUUGUUGGAGACCUUUGCCUCAGCACAGCAUGUGCACAAGGCAUUUUAGUGCCAAACAUUGCUUCCCUGUUAGGUGUUUGAAUACUACUUUUGUGGGUUAUCCUAAAAUGCUGGAAAGUAAAAUGUGGCCUCGUGGGGAAAACUGGAAUUGCUGACUGUUGGAGCUUGUGGACAUCCUUCAGCUUCCUCUGAAGAUGGGUUUGGUGAUGGACCUGGCAGUGCUGGGUUGAUGGUUGGAUUCUGUGAUCUCAAAUGAAUUUUCCAACCUAAAAGAUUGCAUGAAAUCUUCUGGCAGUAGAUGUCUGGCCUCUUACAGGCCUUGUUAUCCCUCACACUUGUCUCCACGAUUUCCCUAUUUUCCUGCCCCCCAGCCUGGCUCACAUGGGAGCUGGAGUGUCAUGGAGAGCAGGCUCUGAGCCUGCUGCUCCCAGCUCACCUGCACUGCUGCCCACAGGUGUGUUUUGCUCACAACAGUGCCAAGGAGAAGCUGCAGCCCAGCAUUGGCUUGUAGGAGAUCUGAGGGCCACAUGCUUGGAAACUUCAGUUAUCCUGGCAGGGAACAGAACGUGCUCCGAGCAAAGUCCUCCCAAAUCUAUACACACAGAGCAUGCUCCAGCUGCUUAUCUCUGCUCCACAGUUGGGAACCGAGCCCCAGAGGGGGGAAACAGCUCAGCCAAGGCCUUGCAGAGGAACAAGGAACAAGCUGAGUUCCCUUUGGCAAGUUUUCAAUGCUGUUUUACCAAGCUGUGAUCAAAUGCUGGCGUGUUGUGAGGGCAGGUUCUGGAGCAGAGCUGCCUGGGGAGGGUCAAUCACUGCACUAUGAGGAGCUCUGUUGGCUCUAACUUCUCAAAACAGUAGGAGUGCGUGAAGGAGUGCCCUGUUUAUGCUGUGGAGAGGAGAAAAUUCUUCUCUAGGUUGUUGUCAAGAGGCUGAGGUAAAACUUGCCUGGCUCCUGUGCUCCACAGAAACAAGUGUGUAAUGUCACCUUGCAGAACACCCCUGAGCGCUGCUGGGUUGGGUUUCUGACUCUGCUUCCCCAAUUACAAGGCCAAAGCACUUCCAACAACUUCUCUCUUCCCUGCUGCAGAGCUGUUCCUGCAGCACAGGGGCUUCUUUCCUAGGUUAAAUAACCUGCAAUGGUGAAAGCUUCCCUUCACCAGGAAAUGGAUGAGUUUACAUAUUUACCUCUACAGUGUGUUGUCACUUCGGGCUUAUUUCAAAGCCUAAGAUCUCUGUGCUUUUUUAUGGAGUCCUCUGAAGAGGUACUAGAACAUGUUCAAAAUGUAGAUUCACCUUGAUAAUCAGGUGAGGUGCUGCCUUCAAGUGAGCUCCUGUGGAUGUUGUGUGUGUGUUUAUGAUUGCUUCUGCUGAAUUUGGGACAUUUUGUCACAGCCACUGCUGUGCUGAAGAUUUUUCUGGCUGUGGCUUUGCCCUUGGCCAAGCCCCAGCCUGAGGCACAAGCAGCCAUGGGUUGUGCAACAAAACCUUUGGGACAGACCUUGACCAGGAGCCUCUUGGCCCUGGCUUGGGGAGGCUGGAACUUCCUGAGCAGGUGCUGGGAAAGGUGAGAAUCAUGUUCCACUCUGCCUUGGAGGGCACUGUGAGCCUGCAGAGAAUCGUGCCAGGAGCACUGGGUCCUCCAUGCAGGACUGACACUUCCCUGUCUCAGAGGGUACAGAGCUCCUGAACAGUGUUUUGCUGGAGGGGAUUCAUGCUUGUGCUGCUGUUCAUGUAAACAGGAAGCUGUGAGAGUUUCCAAGGUUUUCAUAGAAUGGUUCAGGUUGGAAGGGACCUUAAAGAUCAUCAAGUUCCAAACCCUGCCAUGGGUAGGGACAACUUCCACUACGCCAGGUUGCUCCAAGCUCUGCCCAACCUGGCCUUAAACAUUUCCAGGAAUGGGGCACCCACGGCUUCUCUGUGAAUCUGUACCAAGGCCUUACCACCCUCUGAAUAAAAAAAUUCCCAAUAUCUAAUCUAAACCUAUUCUCAGCCUGAAUUUUGGUGAGAGUAUUUGUAAUUGUUAUUUUUAAAUGUUGUAAACUUUUGCAAGAAAGCCAAUAAACGUCUCUGUAACACUGACUUUGGAAAAGGCAGAAUUGAAACAUUGCGGAGUCCUUGAAUAGGUGAUGAUGACCUGACUGGACUAAAUCCCUUCUGGGAAGCACUUGACCGUUGUUCCACCUCCCUGUGCCAGCAGGGCCAUCCCAGAGCACAUGGCACGGGAUUGUGUCCAGAUGGGUCUAGAAUAUCCCUAAUGUGGGAGAGUCCACACCCUUUCUGUUCCCUCACAGGAA